UGGGCAGCCAAUCAGCGACAGUGUCUGGAAUCUUCCUACAUAUUAAACUGAAGCUCGCUGGCUAGCCAAGUCGUGAAGCGGAUUUGCCUCGACUGUGACCUCUCGUCUCAUUGACUUGAAAUGGACAGCGAUCCUCAGGAACGGGUUAUUCCCAUUUCCACUGAUCCUCGCACAUUCGAACAAAAGAAAAAAGAUUUGAUGACAGAUUUGAACAAGAGUAAUCGUCAAGAGGCGAAAGCGCCUAAAGCGGUUUCCCCAAAGCGGCUAAAUGAGGCCAACGGUCAACUCAGGCGCCGUGACUGGGCCGAUGAGAUUGACCACUGGCUGUGUGGGACGUACAAACGCUGGAAUGAUUAUAUGCGUCGAAUGGAGAGGGAUAUGUUUUCCUUAGUGCCCGCCACUGCUUUCGACUUGGAGCCGUUUGUUCCACUGGGGUCGUUCGGUCACAUCCCUUCAAUACUUCAACGCAUGGAACGACAGUUAGAAGCUGCGAAUCGUCAUUUGGACAACUUCCCCAUGCUGACUGAGGAUGGGGAAUGGGGCUCGAUCGUUCCGUCAUACGCGCGCACAGAUGGCCCACUCGACUUCCUUAAGGACGCGUACGAAGUUGGUGAGGAUGGGAAGUUACAUUUCAAAGUAAAGUUUAAUGUGAAAGGAUUCGGACCGAAAGAUAUCAAGGUGUCGACGUCAAAGAACCGGCUUACUGUGCACGGAAAGAAGAGCAGUAAAACGAAUUCUUCUUCUAGCUCUUCUGAGUUCUGCCGCACAAUCUACUUACCGGAACCGGUGGAUGAGGGUCGGUUUCAGUGCAACUUAACGUCGGACGGUAUCCUGAUGAUAGAAGCUCCUGUGAAGAAGCCAGACUACGAAUCGUUAACUUUUAAUCACGAGCCUCAGCUGGCAGUCAAGCCAAGCACGGACAAAUCAUUGGCUUUGCAAGUUACCGGUGUUCCUGGACCGACAGUGCUGAAGGAUGGCGCUACGGGACAGAAAUUACAUGUCGAGGUCCCGAUCGAACCCGGUUUCACAGCGGACGACUUGAAUGUGCGUAUCGACGCGAACCGUGUUGUAGUGUCCGGAAGAAAGCAUGUGGUAGAAGAAUCCGGUUCGUCCCAUUGCAGCCACACAAAGGAGUUCCAUCGGGCAUAUACGAUUCCGGAGACGGUGGAUCCGCUGUCUGUGGUUACACAGCUUCAGGGUGAAACAUUGGUCGUGGAGGCUCCGAUGGUGAAGUCGACGUAGCUGCGGUCUUGCACGUGUACUCUUCACCCCAAUUUUUGUGGUACCAGUGCGCCUCUCCCUCAAUAUAUUAUUAAUCCAU